CCGUAUAAUCUGGUAAAGUCCCGAGUUGACUUCAAUAUUGUAAUGGCUGCACGCUCACACAACGAGUUUCCAGUCAUCUCACUCUACGACUUUGAAUCAACUUCGGACGUAGAGCUAGGCUUUAAGGAAGGAGAAACACUACUAGUCGUAAGGAGAGACGUAGGAGGUGGAUGGUGGGAAGGGCGACGACCAGAAGACCACAAAAUAGGUCUCUUCCCAGCAAGCUACGUAAAGAUUGUGGAGCAAUCGUCGGCCGGACAGGAGGUGGCUGACAAGGCUGCGUCUGUCACUAGUCGACCUAGUCAUCAAAUGUCAGAUGAACUUGCGGAUGACGACUUCGUUGCUGUUGGAGAUAUUGGUAAUGGUGAAGGUGAUUUCUCAGCGGGGCAACAUCUUCCGGUGACGAAUGGUGCAAGUUUCAAUAGCUUGGUGGCUGCUGGGUCGGGGAUAUUGAAUUCUCAGCAUCGAUGUAGGAUUGUUGUUGGACCUCGGUGGGAGUCGGAUGUUGAGGCAUUGAGAAUUACGGUGCAGAAUCCACAGAAAGACAGUAAACUUAGUGGGAUGAAGCAGUUUAUUACUUAUGAAGUUCUCUCAGAUGUUUCUACUGAACCGGUGAAACGAAGAUACAAGCAUUUCCUUUGGUUACAUGAACAGUUGUCAGAACUCUUUCCUGGAAUCUGCAUUCCACCAUUACCAGAGAAACAAUUUACAGGUCGAUUUGAAGAGGAGUUUAUUAAGAUUCGUAAACAGUUGUUGGAAGUGUUUUUGAACAAUGUGGCACGGCAUUCUCUAUUGGCUGCGUCUCAUGUAUUUUCUCACUUUCUGACGGCAUCAGGAGAAAGGGAAUGGAAGAGUGGAAAGCAAAUGGUGCGAAAAUCUGUUGCAUUGAGCAAGCCACAUGGGAAGAAUUUGGGAGCAGCAUUUCUAAACGAUUUCAUGUAUCCAACAAAUAAUGUACCUCAUGACAGGACAGCUCUUGUGGAUAGAUGUACGAAAUUCAGAGACUGCUUAGAAAGAAAUAUGAAAAUUCUUUGCUCAUCAUGCGACCAGUUAUCCACAUCAACUAAAGUUAUGUCUGAAGCUGUCGCAACGGUUGGUGAAAGCCUUACUGGUCUGGCUGUUGGUGAUGGUUAUGCCAGUCAACGUUCAGAAGGAGAUGGAGAACUAUCACAUAGAAGGAGCACGUCAAGCAGAGAGGACAAGAGAAAGACAUCAGAUGGAUCCAUAAAACGGAAACAUGACGUGAAGGCUGUCAAAAACUGGUGCUGGAGAAAAGAUUGUGCAGAGUUUGCUCAGAUGAUGCAAGCUGUUCAUGUAUUUGGGUCAGGGUUGAAUAGUGUGACAGAACUAUUGAAGACACAGAGCGAACAAACAAACGAAAUUCUAACCGGCUCACUAAGAGAUCAAAUUGGUCUAUUGCAGUGUUUACCAACUGUAUUGCAAGCAUACAAGGAUGCUGCUGAUCAUUACAGCACAUUACAGUCUCGGAGUGCAAAGCAUUCGGUGGAAUCUAUUCUGUCUGGAUCUAAGUAUGAAGAAACAAUGGCUAAUGUUAUGAUGGCCGAAUUCGACUACUAUCAUCACUGGUUCCUGCAUAGUUUGCAAAAAAUGAUGUCCGACUUUAUUAAGAAACAAGUAGAACUUCAUCAGAAGCUCUUGGCUGAAUGGCUCAAUCAUCAAGUUGCAUUUGAAAGUACACUUUCGGGAGGUUAUGACUCGUUUAUGACAUAGAGUAGUUGUUGUGCAAUAGAUGUGUUAGUGUUGACUCAUUUUUGCGUAAUUACUUACUUUGCACUGCAGGUACUGGACACAUUUUUUACAUCUGCUUUAUACGUGUAAACAGAAUACAGUGGAACAACACUUCUGUAGAUAUCAGAUGAUUCUCACUUUAU